CACCCCCCCCAGUACGCGGAGCAGUCUCUGAUGAAGUCGGCCAUCAAGACGUCGGAGGAGUCGUGGAUCGAGCAGCAGAUGUUGGAGGACAAGAAGAGAGCGACGGACUGGGAGGCGACCAACGAGGCCAUCGAGGAGCAGGUGGCCCGGGAGUCGUACCUGCAGUGGCUGCAGGACCAGGAGAAGCAGGCCAGACAGCCUCGGAAGGCGAGCGCCACCUGCAGCUCGGCGACGGCGGCGGCCUCCAGCGGACUGGACGACUGGAGCGCCCGGUCGCCGCGACAACGCGACUCCGACCCCUCCCACUCCCACUCCGACCUCACGACCGCCCCGUCGACCAACAACAAGCCCCCCUCCCCCGCCGGAGCUGCCCUCAUCCUGAGCGCACACCCCCCCACCCCCUCCCACACAC